AUGACUAUGGAAGGAGCAGCAAAGCUUGCUGUUGCUGUGGCAGGAAGUGCAUUUGCCAUAGGAUACCUGAAGGAUAAAGGGUAUAUCCCAAAAGUAAUUGACAAAUAAAGAAUGACAUCUGUUGUGGUUGGAGGACUCUUUAAUGCUGUGGCUUUUGCUGGGGGCAGGUUUUCUAUUUUCCAAGUUGAAUGGACAAGGAUACAAGGAGGAGGUGAAAAGACAUAACCAAGCCUUGGAGAAGCUUGCGAAAGCUAAGGAGAAGUUUUACGAAUCCGAAGUGAAGCGGAGGAACGACGAGGCAAGACGGAGGGCUGAGAUCCUGGAUGCUAACAAGGAUAUCGAGGAAACAAAUAGGGCACUGGAAGACCUGAGGGAUUAUACAAGGCUUAUGGAUAGUAGAGCAUCCCAGCGCAGACCGAAAUUGGAGGAUUACUAUCAACCGUUAGACGAAAUGAAAAUAUAUGCAGUGUUGACAAUGGGUAUCCUGGGAGUUGGUGGUGCCUACGGAUUAACACGAAUAUUUUAA